AUGAAAGUAUAACUAAAUUCAUAACCACGAUUAAAUAAGAGAUUAUAGGUUAUGAUUUAAGCUAAGGAAGUUUAUCUUUCGAGUGAUAUACCAUGUCAGAUUAGAGGAUGCGCAUUCUGUACACAAGAAUCAGAAAUUCAAUUAGAAAAUCCUAUAUAUUUGUUGGAUAAUGAGAUUUUGGAAUAAUAUAUAGAUUUGAUUGAAUAAUCUAAUAUUAAAAAUAUUGUGGUAUUACAAUCUUAAGUAGCUCAUUUCAGAAAAAGAUAAUAAUAAUCAUAGUAUGCACAAUAAGUAAUAAAUCUGAUUGAAUCUAAUUUUUCAAAGAAAAUUUAUGUAUAUUAAGAUGAAUUUUCUGUUCACACACAAAAUGGUAAUCCAUUAAUAUUAUUGGCUAAAUGGUAUAAUGAACAUAGAUAAUUUUUGAAAGACGAGUUAGAUUUAUGUUUGUUGACCCAAAAUUAUGAUAUGCAUUAAUAAAGCAAGAAUUUAAAUAUAAAAUGCUAUACAAUCUAGGAUUAUGUAAAAUAAUAUGAAAACAAUGAUUUAAUUGAUUUCUUGGGAAUGGAUGAAGAAUUUGAAGUUGAUUAAUAGGCUAUUAAGAAUUAGUUCAAUUAUAUUCCUGUAGAGGAAUGUGUUUAGUAAAUUAAAUAAGGUUUACUAUUUGAAGGGAGAAUAUCGAUAGAUAGAAACAAUAUAAAAUAGGCUAGGAUAUUUGUGAAACAAUUUUAAUUAGAAAUAAAGAUAAAUUAGUAAAAUAGAGUAUUACAUGGAGAUAGAGUAGCUGUCGAAUUGUUACCAGAAGAAGAGUGGUAAAAAUAAUAAAAGUAAAUAUAAAUAACAUUUGAUGAAGAGGAAGAAGAUGAUGGAAAUAAUAAUACACAUACAAAUGAUACUAGUCAUGAAAUUAUGUCAACAAACCAUUUAUAAAGUUUAUUUAAAAAAGUAUAAACACAGAAUUUAAUUCCUUAUGGAAAAGUUGUCUGUGUAUUAUAAAGAACAGAAAGACAUUUUUGUGGUCAUGUAGAGAAUAAUAUAUUUUUUCCUGCUGAUGGUAGAUAUCCGAAUUUUAUUCUGAAACAUUCUAAAUGUGAUAGUUUAUAGGAUAAGAAAAUUUAAGUUUAAUUUGUAGAUUGGCCAGUUUGGAGUGAUAAACCACUAUGUAAAUUAAAAAAGGUAUUGGGGAAAGCAGGUGAUAUGUUUAUUGAAGGGAAUGUUAUAUUAUUGGAACAUUAAGUAGAGAUAAGAGAGUUUUCACAUUAAGUAUUAGCUUGUUUGCCAAUAGAAGGGGUAUAUAUUAAUUACUAAUAAAAUAAAGGAUAAAUAUAAAAUAUCAGAGAUGGAGAUAAAGAGAAGAAUGGAUUUGAGAGAUAUAUUAGUUUGUUCAAUAGAUCCAGUAGGAUGUAAAGAUAUUGAUGAUACAUUACAUUGUAGAAGAUUGGAUAAUAAUUUAUAUGAAGUUGGUGUUCAUAUAGCAGAUGUAUCACAUUUUGUAAGGCCAGAUACAGCAAUAGAUAAAGAAGCUGCUCAUAGAUGCACAACAGUAUAUUUAGUAGACAGAAGGACAGAUAUGUUACCGAAAUUAUUAACAGAGAAUUUAUGUUCAUUAGUAAGUAAUGUAGAUAGGCUAGCCUUUUCAGUUAUUUGGAUAAUGGAUGAAAAUGCUAAUAUAAAGGAUGUGAAAUUCGGUAAGAGUAUUAUCAGAUCUGUUGCAUCUUUACAUUAUUAAUAAGCUUAAGAAAUGAUUGAUAAUAUUAAUGAUAAUAGUCAAUUAACUUAGAGCAUAAGAUUGUUGAAUAUGUUAGCAAAGAAAUUGAAAUAAUAAAGAUUAGAUUAAGGAGCAUUAUCAUUAGCUAGUAAUUAAGUUAAAUUCUCAUUUGAUGAUGAAACUCAUAAUCCAAGUGAUGUACGUAUGUAUUAAUUGUAUGAUACAAAUUCACUUGUUGAAGAAUUCAUGCUUUUAGCUAAUUGUUCGGUAGCCAAUCAAAUCUUACAAAGAUUUCCAUCAAUAUCAGUUCUACGUAGACAUCAAGAACCAAAGAUGAAAUAAUUAAAAGAACUAUAAAUCUUAAUGAAUGAUUUAGGUAUACAUUUUCAUAUAUUCUUAUUUAGGAUAUCAAUUUACAUUUGAGACAUCUAAAUUACUUAGUGAAUCAUUAGAUUAAAUCUAAAGAAAGAAUGAUUCAUUCUUUAAUAAACUUAUUCGUAUGAUUACAACUAGAUGUAUGAAUGAAGUAUAUUCCUAUUAUUAUUUAUCUUAGGCUCUUUAUGUGUGUACAGCUGAUGUAGAUUAUCCAGAACUUUAUCAUUAUGGUUUGGCUGCAGAACUCUAUACACAUUUUACAUCUCCAAUUAGAAGAUAUGCAGAUGUACUUGUUCAUAGAUUAUUGGCUGCUUCUAUUGAUUUAGAAUCUCUACCACCAUCUAUGUCAAAUAAAAUAAGAAUGACUAGAAUUUGUGAUAAACUUAAUAUGAGACAUAGAAUGGCUAGAUUUGCUAGUAGAGCAUCAUCUGAUUAUCAUACCUAUCUAUUCUUCAAAAAUAGAUCUCAAUAAAUUGAUCAAGCUAUUAUUACUGGAAUCUUGACAGAUAAAGUAACUGUCAUGAUUCCUAGAUAUGGAUUGGAAGGUACGAUAGAAGCAUAAAUAAUUGACAGAAUGAACAUCAUUAUAUAAGGCACAACACAUAGAAUUUUUGAUUAUAUAAAUGUCGAAGUGUCUGUUGAAUUGCAUAGUUUCCAUAAAAAAAUUCAUAUGAAAUAUAUUCAAAAUAAUAAAUGA